AUCUGGUCAUAAUAAAAGAGAAUCAAUGAUGAUGAUAAUGAUGAAAAAAUAGACGAAUCAUCAGCAUCGUUUUCGGAAGAUAGAAAUGAAAAUUUAAAAACUAAUAAAAAUUUGCUACGCUCAUCGAAUUUCAAUUGUUCAUCGAUAAAUGCAACAGCAACAAUGGAUUUGAAUCGAAAUUCUGUGGCUAAAAUGAUCCAAAAUGAUGAUGACGAUAAUAGAAAAAAAGAAACAAUUAUCCGGGAAAAGAAUCAAGAUUUUAUGAUUCCAUCAACAACUACAUCAAAUGAUGAUGAUCAUCAGUCAUCAUCAAAAAAGAAUAUUCUCAAUGUAGAAACAUACAUUUGUCGAGAUAAGAAUAAUAAUGAUGAUAAUUUUCAAAAUUCUGUUUCAAAAGAUAUUGAUAAACAAGAUUAUAACGACGAUGACGAUGGUGAUGAGAAUGAAAUUUAUGAAAAUGAAAAUAAUUUAAAUCAAAUACGAACGACAACAGCAACAAUAUCGACAACUGAUAAAUUGAUUGUACAGAAUGAUAUAACAUCGUUAUCAUCAUCGUCAAUCUCUAAACGAAAAUGGGGACAAGAAAUUCUUGUUGAAUUAAUUCGUAAUGAAAAUAGUGGAUUCGGUAUCAGCAUUAUCGGUGGAAAAGAAAUGAUAACGAAUAAUAAUGGCAAUCAUCAUCAUCAUCAGCAUCAUACAGCAGCUGCAACAAUAUUGACAGGAAUAUUGAUUAAGAAAAUAUUACCUGAUAGUCCAGCAGCAAAAUGUGGCCUUAUGAAAAUGGGUGAUCGUUUAUUAGAAGUUGAUGGAAAUGAUCUACGACUGGCAACACAUGAUGAAGCUGUUGAUGUAAUAAAAAAAGCCAAAAAUCCGGUAAAAUUUCUUAUUCAAACAUUAUUACCAUUGAAUAAACAACAACAACAACAUAUCAUUCAUUUAUCAUCAAUAUCAUCAACAAUUGACAAAGAAUCAUUGCAACCACCACCAUUAUCAUCAUCGAAUUCAACAUUGGAUGAUGAAAAAUUUUCUGUAACAAGUGCAGCAAAUAUUCCAUUAACACAACAGGAAAUUGAUGAAUCAUUGCCUGAGGACAUUAUUGAAGAUGAAUAUGGCUAUUCCAUUAAAAAAAUUCGUAAAAAAUAUGCCGAUAUUGAUGGAACAACCAUAUUGGUCGAUUUACAUAAAGGAAUGGCUGGUCUUGGCAUUAGCCUAGCCGGUAAUCGUGAUCGUAAAAAAAUGAGCGUUUUUAUCUGUGGUAUGCAUCCAAAAGGUAGCGCAUAUAAAGAUGGUCGCCUUUGUAUUGGUGAUGAAAUACUUGAGGUAAACGGAAUUGUAUUAUAUGGACGUAGCCAUCUAAAUGCAUCGGCAAUCAUUAAAAGUUUAGCCUGUCCAACAUAUAGAAUUAUUGUAUUAAGAAGAGAUGGUGCCUUAGCUGAGAUGGCCGUCAAACCAUUGACACAAUUUCCCGUCCAUUUAGAAGAUUUUCUUGAGGAAAAAUAUUGUAAAUUUAAAGGUGUCCGUACCAUUACCGUUAGAAAGGCAACACAAGGUUUAGGUAUCAUGAUCAUCGAGGGAAAAAGGCCAGAUGUUGGCCGUGGUGUAUUCGUAUCCGAUAUACAGGAUGGUAGCCCGGCCGAAAAUGCUGGACUUUCUGUUGGCGAUAUGAUUUUGUGUGUAAAUCAUAUCGAUCUAAUUGGUGCCGAUUAUGAAACGGCUGCUAAUGCAUUGAAAUGUGCCGAAGGAUUAUUGACAUUAGUGAUUGCUAAACCGAUAAAAUUAAUUCCAUAUGAACAACAAUCAUUAUCGACAACAACAACAACAAGCCCAAAUGUUUUAACCGAUCAUCAUCAUCAUCAUACUAAGUCGAAUAAAAUCCAAGUGUCUAUGAAUAAAAAUGAAUCGAUAAAAUCUCCAUCAAUAACGACAACAGCAGCAGCAGCAGCAUUUAGAUCUGAUGAUAUAACAAGCACCACAUCCCAACACCAUCAGAAUGAUCCAAAUUUAUUACCACAACAGCAAACAACAACAACAACAUACGAAUGGUAUGUUGAAUGUGAUAGAAAAUACACAUCAUUAUCAUCAUCAACAACAUUAGCUUCAGGCAUUAAUAAUGAAUUGCAACAAUCAUCAAAUGAUUAUAAAACAUGUCCCGUACGUUUAUGUGAAGAGACAACUAUUGAAAUUAUACGCGAAAAAAUUGGACUUGGCCUUAGUAUUGUUGGUGGAUCUGAUACGCCUCUGAAUACUGUGAUAAUACAUGAAGUAUAUCCAAAUGGUGCAGCAUAUAUUGAUGGCCGGCUAAAACCUGGUGAUCAAAUAUUGGAAGUAAAUGGUGAAAAUUUACGUCAUGCUACACAUGAACAGGCUAUCAAAGCAUUACGACAAACACCACCAAUUAUAAAAAUGAAAAUUUAUCGUGAUAAAAACCAUGACAAUUUCAUUGCAAAUAAUAAUAAUAAUAAUGAUUUUAUUAGUCAACAUGAGAAUCUACAAAUUUUUGAUGUAAAAUUAACGAAAAAACCUGGAAAAGGUCUCGGUUUAUCCAUUGUUGUACGACGUGAUGGUAAUGGUAUUUAUAUCAAAGAUAUUGUUGAAGGUGGUAUUGCCGAUCUUGAUGGCCAUCUAAUGAUUGGUGAUCAAAUCAUCAAAGUGAAUGGACGUGAUUUGACCAAUGUUGAAGAUGCUGCACUUUUGCUCAAAACGGCCAAAGGAAUGAUAAAUUUAAAAAUUGGACGAUUAAAAUGUGGCCAACUACCACCACCACCACCACCACCACCAUCAUCAUCAGCACUACAGCCACCACACCACCACCAUCAUCAUCAAUAAAUUUGAAUAAUUCAAAAUAUGAAGAAUUAACUUCCGAUGAAACCAAAGAAAUCGAAAUUGAAAAAGGACCCGAUGGUCUUGGUUUCAGUAUUGUUGGUGGCUAUGGAUCAAUACACGGUAAUCUACCA